GAUGUGUUGUGAAGUGAUUUUUUUCCCCUUCUGUUUCUUUGUUCGCUAGUAACCCUAAAUUUUUGGGGAAGAGACUGGAACCGAAUCAAACCAAAAAAAAAAAACUAAAGAGGACAUUUUCUUCGCGUAGUUACCACUACGAUCGACUUUUCUCUGCCCGAAUUGAAAUUCCUGCAUUGCACCUGCAAGUCCUAAUGGGUGCUCCUAAGCAGAAAUGGACAUCAGAAGAAGAAGCAGCCUUAAAAGCUGGUGUUAUAAAGCACGGUGCUGGUAAAUGGCGCACGAUACUCAAAGACCCUGAAUUUAGUGGCGUCUUAUACCUGCGAUCCAAUGUUGAUCUCAAGGAUAAAUGGAGAAAUAUGAGUGUCAUGGCAAAUGGAUGGGGAUCGCGUGAAAAGUCUAGGUUAGCUGUUAAAAGAAUAGUGUCUCUUCCCAAACAUGAAGAAAACCCCCUUAGUAUCACCACUACCAUGCAAAGCGAUGAAGAAAUAGCGGAUCCUAAGCCUAUUUUCUCUAUUGGUUCUGCACUGCAAAUAGCUGCUGCUCCAAGGAGACCAAAUGUAAGGCUGGACAACCUUAUAAUGGAAGCAAUAACUACACUAAAAGAGCCCGGUGGUUCUAAUAAGACAACAAUUCAUGCAUACAUUGAGGAACAAUAUCAUGCUCCUCCGGACUUCAAAAGAUUGUUGUCUUCCAAGCUGAAAUACUUGACAACUUGCGGUAAACUUACGAAGGUUAAACGCAAGUAUAGAAUUCCGCUUACCACACUGUCUCACGAUAGGAGACGGAACUUAAAGACUUUUACAGGAAGGAAAAGGAUUUCGUCUGUGACUUCUCCUAGGACAGACCGGGAUGAAGUGAAUAUUCUGACGAGAUCUCAGAUUGAUUUAGAGUUGGCCAGAAUGAAAAGCAUGGACGUUCAGGAGGCCACAGCAGUAGCCGAACGGGCAUCAGAUAUGAUUUGGUUUCUGAUUGCAGAGGCUGAGGAAGCAGCUAUGGAAGCUGAUGCAGCAGAAGCUGAUGCCGAGGCAGCUCAAGCUUUCGUUGAAGAGGCUUUUAAGACAUUGAAAGGAAGAAACACCUCCAAAGUGAUGAUCCGGGCAUGAGGUCGACAUGAGAAGGCAUUGAUGGAUGGUAAAGCCAAGGAACUAGCUAGUGAGCAUGACGCGUACAAUUGUAGUAGAUACAGAAGACAAUCGUAGCCAACGUGAGGUAAUGAAAUGAGAGUAAAGUUUUAGAAUCUGCCUUCAUUAGUUUUUUUUUUCAAUCGCAUCAUCCUUUUUUUUGUCAGCUAAUUUCCCCUCCAUUUUAUUUUUUUUUUCCUCUUUAGUCUCCUUAGGUUUGUAAACUUUCAGUGAGAAUUGCAGGAAUGGAUGUUCGAUUUUUAGAUUGUUUUCAACCAAAUACAAUGGAGUUCUUGUAUCUGCUUAUGUUUUAUUUUUUGCGGUCGAUCUCAAAUAAAUUUAUUUGGGAUCAAGAAGAUGAUGCUGUUGUUAGUUUUGAUAUUUCAUUUUA